CGAACCCAAUAUAUAAUACGAAUGACCAAUCACAUUUCCGCUUAUCAUCGCUGAGAAGGCGAAAAAGAGAGAAAGAAAAAAACGAACAGAAAAUCUGAAACUGUAGCGAUCCACAAUGGCGAAGACCUUCAAGUACGUUAUCCUCGGUGGAGGUGUUGCUGCUGGUUAUGCAGCAAGGGAAUUUGCUAAACAGGGACUUAAGCCUGGGGAGCUGGCAAUCAUAUCCAAAGAAGCGGUAGCACCUUAUGAACGUCCUGCACUAAGCAAAGCUUACCUUUUUCCUGAGUCCCCUGCUAGACUUCCUGGUUUCCAUGUUUGUGUUGGAAGUGGAGGAGAAAGAUUGCUUCCUGAGUGGUACAAUGAGAAAGGUAUAGAGUUGAUUCUUAGCACAGAAAUAGUGAAAGCAGACCUUGCUGCAAAAUCUCUGACAAGUGCAGGAGGAGAAACAUUCAGUUACCAGAUUUUGUUGAUUGCAACCGGCUCAACUGUUAUAAGGUUGAGUGAUUUUGGUGUUCAAGGAGCUGAUGCCAAAAACAUCUUUUACUUGAGGGAAGUUGAUGAUGCUGAUAAACUAUACGAAGCAAUUAAAGCAAAGAAAAAUGGCAAAGCUGUGGUUGUUGGAGGUGGAUACAUUGGUCUGGAGCUUAGUGCAGUGUUGAGACUCAACAAUCUUGAUGUUACCAUGGUCUAUCCAGAGCCUUGGUGUAUGCCAAGACUUUUUACAUCUGGCAUAGCUGCUUUCUAUGAGGGAUACUAUGCAAAAAAGGGGGUCAAUAUUAUUAAAGGAACGGUUGCUGUUGGAUUCACUGCAAAUUCUGAUGGAGAGGUGAAAGAAGUCAAACUAAAGGAUGGCAGGGUCCUAGAAGCUGAUAUCGUUGUUGUUGGUGUUGGAGGAAGGCCACAAACAGCCUUAUUCAAGGGACAGGUUGAAGAAGAGAAGGGUGGAAUCAAGACGGAUGCCUUCUUCAAGACCAGUGUUCCUAAUGUAUACGCCGUUGGUGAUGUUGCUACUUUUCCCUUAAAAUUAUAUAAUGAGUUGAGAAGAGUUGAACAUGUCGAUCAUUCUCGCAAAUCAGCUGAACAAGCUGCGAAGGCCAUCAAAGCUGCUGAAGAAGGGAAAACAGUUGAGGAGUAUGAUUACCUUCCAUACUUCUAUUCGCGCUCAUUUGAACUGUCUUGGCAGUUCUACGGUGACAACGUAGGUGACACCGUGCUAUUUGGAGACAGCAGCCCGGAGUCAUCUAAGCCGAAGUUUGGGUCAUACUGGAUUAAAGAUGGGAAAGUCGUCGGCGCCUUUUUGGAGAGUGGAACCCCUGAGGAGAACCAGGCUAUUGCCAAAGUAGCAAGGGUGCAACCUCCAGUUCAGGAUGUGGACCAACUUGCGAGUGAAGGUCUUUCCUUUGCUAGUAAAAUAUAGAGCUUUUGUUUAGAAUGAUACAACUCAAGGGUGAUUGCAUAGAAUAAAUUUCUGUACCGACUUCAUUUUACUUUGGGUUUAUGCGAUUGUGUCAUAGAAGAACCUUUUUAUGUUUUUAUUUGAUUUCUUAUGAGAUUGCAAUGGAUAUCCCUUAUUUCUGUGUUA